GUCUUCAGAGGUCACCCUCGGUGCAUUCGGGGAGAAAAAGAAAUGCCUUUGAUCAGCCCUUGAUUGGCAGGAAGGUCCAUGCAUCCAUCCAUCCAUCCGUCCAUCUCGCUUGGCAUCCAGGCAGCCACCAAAAAGCAAAAGACAGCCAUUCAUGCACCACACUCUCUCCCUCCCUCCCUCCCUCCCUCCCCCCCCUGUACAAUCACAACUGCACACAGGCAGGCAGGCAGGAAAGAGGCAUGCCAGGCGGAAAUGAUAGUCACAAACGUGGCCAACCAGUAGAUGCAGCCAGCCAGCCACACAUCAGGCCGGCAGGCGGGUCGACGUCACGCCCAUUAUGCAGUGUAAUCGGGUGAGUGUGUGAGCGUGUGAAGGGUUCUGUCUGAUUCUUAGCAGCAGUAGCAGUGGCUGAAGAGCAGCUCCAUCACUGCGCGCUCCAUCUGGGGGUACGAUUUGGGCUUGCCCUUGUUGUAGCUGUCGUACCUGAUCUGGUCGAUGAUGUCAUUCCUCCCCUCUUUGGAGCAGCUGUAGUACUUAUGGUGCGGUCUAAGCUGAAGGCCGGUCUUUCCCUGGAACUUGUCCGCUUGACGAGAUAUCGUGUUCGGAUCAAGCAUGCAAUUUGUGCCGUACAGGGCCCGGGCGGGGCUCGUUGAUCGGCAGUAUUCUUGGCCUGCAGACCAGGUCGGGUGGUCCCCAAACGCACACCCUGCACCAUUCAAAACAGCCCUUGUUCAUAGCAUGGUCAGUGUGCAUGGAUGCGGCUCACGUCGGUUCUUGUCGCACAAGGGUUGGUAGGUAUCUAGACCUGAGCGGGGCGGCAUCUCAGCAAAUGAUCCUGCACACACGAUGUCAUGUCACACACCUCCAUAACAAAAACUCUCACGCUGUUUAAUUGUCUCCUCAAACAAUGCAGACUUACCAGGUGUUCCCGUCAUGAUGCCCUUGAGCUGCUGCCGUGCCUGUUCGAGAUGGUCAAGGGCCCCACUGAGCAAUACACCGUUCCGACCAAUGGCGGCCAGGGAGGCGUUGAUGCCGGCCUUUGCAGCCGUGAAUGAGUGCUGCAGGAGCGAAAGGUCAUCACUGCUGUCUGCACCACACAGAACGAACAAAGAAUAAGUGCAUCAGAAGGCCAGCGUGGGUGCAUGGAUCAGGUCGGCGACUCACCCUGUGAGGCGCGGCUGCCGUCGAGGCAUUCGGCAGCACUGCUGGUGCACACCAGCACGCAAAACGCGACCAGUGCACUCAUGUGGGCCGGCAACACCCUCUCUUAUCGCGUUUC